AGGUUGGAUGAGUGUCAACAGAGCAGAGCUCCCGGUGCAGACAGUGUGGACUGACCAAACAGGAACAACUCCUUCAAGCAACCAACUCCAACCAGCCGUCUAUCAAAAUGAACACUGAUCCUGUUGUCAUAGUCUCUGCUGCACGGACUCCAAUUGGGUCCUUGAACGGUGCUCUGUCCACGGUGCCUCUGUCUGACCUGUGUUCAGUGGUGAUCAAGGACGUUCUGAAGCGGGCUUCGGUGAAGCCAGAAGAGGUCUCUGAGGUUAUCAUCGGACAUGUCCUAACAGCAGGUCAGGGGCAGAACCCGGCCCGUCAGGCCGGUGUUGCGGCAGGUAUCCCCUACCAAGUCCCAGCCUGGAGCUGCCAGAUGGUCUGUGGCUCUGGGCUGAAGGCUGUGUGUUUGGGAGCUCAGUCCAUCCAGACUGGAGAGUCUUCUGUAGUGGUGGCAGGCGGCAUGGAGAGCAUGAGCCGGGCUCCUCACACGCUGCAGAUGAGAGUGGGUGUGAAGAUGGGCGAUGCCUCCCUGCAGGACUCUAUGGUGGCCGACGGCCUGACAGACGCCUUCCAUGGCUACCACAUGGGCAUUACAGCUGAGAAUGUUGCAAAGCAGUGGAAAGUCAGCCGAGAGGAGCAGGACCAGUUUGCUGUCCAGUCCCAGAACAAAGCAGAGGCUGCACAGAAAGCAGGACAUUUUGAUCAGGAGAUUGUCUCAGUCAUGGUGCCGUCCAGAAAAGGUCCAGUGGAGGUGAAGGUGGAUGAGUUCCCUCGCCACGGCAGCAACAUGGACAGUAUGUCCAAACUCAGACCCUGUUUCAUUAAGGACAGCAGCGGGACCGUCACACCUGGAAACUCCUCAGGUAUUAAUGAUGGAGCUGCAGCAACUGUCCUAAUGAGCCAAUCAGAGGCUGGGAGACGAGGCCUAAAACCCAUGGCCAGAAUCGUAUCGUGGGCUCAAGCUGGUCUUGACCCGUCUGUCAUGGGAACUGGACCAAUACCAGCCAUCAGGAAAGCGGUGGAGAAAGCAGGCUGGCAGCUGGACCAAGUCGACUUAUUUGAGAUCAAUGAAGCAUUUUCUGCCCAGUCUAUUGCUGUAGUUAAAGAGCUUGGCCUGAAUGUAGACAAGGUGAAUGUGAGUGGUGGAGCUAUCUCUCUGGGCCAUCCCAUUGGUAUGUCAGGCUGCAGAGUGCUGGUGACCUUGUUGCACGCGCUGCAGAGGACUGGAGGCCAUAAGGGCGUAGCAUCCCUCUGCAUCGGAGGAGGGAUGGGUAUCGCCAUGUGCGUGGAGAGAGUUUGAGAUGAAACCUUAUUCUUCUUCACGGAUUGCACUCUCGACCUCAUCGUUUAAAUGUAGAAGGGAUUCUUAAAAUCAUUGUUUACACUGCGGGACACAGUAUAAAACGGUUUACCUGGGUACGAGGCAGAAGUGGUUGUGAGACGAAGUUGUGAUUGUUGGAUCUUAUUAAACAAUAGUUUACCAUU